UUUCAUUUGGACAAUUUUUUGGUAUUUUUAUGGGAAAAGUGAUCCUAGAGAUUAUUCAGGAAUUAGUAAAGAAGAAUUAGACUGGAUUUUGGAAAAUAAAUUAACAGUUUAUUCUGAAGAAAAUUUUAGUCAUUUUCAAUCAGGAUCCAGUGAAAAUAUUGCGACUUCUGAUGAUAAUAGCGUUCCUGAAGACGAAAAUGAUGUAUUAUUGCCAAAAAAUAAAAUAUCAUCAAAGCCACGUUAUAUACAGAAAAUUCCUUGGAAAUUAAUAUUUUCUUGUCGUGAAGUGUGGGCAAUUAUGAUCAGUCAAUUUUUUAAUUCUUGGGGCUAUUUUAUUCUACUUAAUUGGCUACCAAUAUUUUAUUAUGAAUAUCUUCACGUAGACAUUAAUCUCAUUGGAUAUUACACUACUUUACCUUACUUUUCGUACAUUGUGAUUGGAUCUAUAGUCGGUUAUAUCUGUGAUUAUGCAAUUCAUCAAUUAAACAUUCGUGUUUUAACUGUACGAAGGUCUGCUAAUAUUAUCGGAACUUUUGGAAUAUCAACAUCUCUUUUACUUGUAACAUACUUUGCAAAAACUUCACUUGAAGGAUUAUUGAUAAUAACGAUAGGAUUUGCAUUAUAUUCAAUCCAAAUCUCAAGUGUAAAUAUGGAUAUCGCGCCAAAAUAUGCUGGUUUAAUUUAUGCCUUAGGAAAUACUUGUGGAAUGGUUCCAGCUUUUUUUGGUGUAGCAUUAACAGGUUGGAUUUUAGAAGUUACUAACAAUAAUUGGGGUAUUAUUUGGAUUAUAUGUUCUUUAUAUUAUAUUUUGGGAUCAUUAUUUUUUAUUAGCUGGGCUGGCGGUGAAGUAAUAAUUGAUUAA